CUGAAGAAGAAAAGGCGAAACAAUUCCGGUGCCGGGUCGACUCGACUCGACAGUGUUGCCCUGACAAAAUGCUUGCCCGGUUGUCACGCUUUGGGCCUGCCUUGACCCGUUUUCGCACAAAUCCAGCGUGUGGGAUUCGGUUCGUAUCGCAAUCUCCACCCUCGGGUUCUGCUGGUUCGGCCACUGUGUCGGAUUUGCAGCCCUCGCAUGCCAAGGAAAGUCAUGGACACGCAGAGGUCAGCGCGUUCGAGAAGAAUCGAGAUUAUCAUGGGUUCUCUCAAGAUCCUGUCGUUGACGAGUGGAACAUGAGGAUGGCCUUCUUCUUUGGCAUCUCUAUGGCGAUUGUGGUUGGGGGUACCUUCAUCCACUACUUGCCAGACCAUGGUAUGAGGCAGUGGGCCAGGAGGGAAGCAGAAAGGUUGAUCACACAGAGAGAGGCUGCAGGUCUUCCUCUUAUGGAGGAGAACUACUAUGACCCAAGCAAGAUUGUGCUACCAGGAGCCGGAGAGGAGUAGGAUGUACUAUAAGGAGCUGUUCACUGAAAAUGUUUUUCUCUUUGACUGUUUAUUUCUCAUCAGUAUAAUGUAAUAAAAAAUGUAUACCACA